UUUGGAGAUGUGCCCCUUUCUAUUUUGUGUACAGUGCUCUGCUAACUGCAACGGCGGUUUCAAGACCCGAGAUGUUCACUGCAUUGAUGUUCGUGAAAAGCGACUUCUCAGGCCUUUUCAUUGCCAAUUACUCGGAUAUAAACCACAACUCAACACUAGUUGUAACACGGAGCCUUGCUUGCAGUGGCAUGUGGAGCCCUGGAAUGAGUGUACCGUUUCUUGUGGAGGGGGCAUUCAGCAAAGAACUGUGAAGUGCAUGAAUAUAGAAACUAAUGAGACUGAAGAUGACAGUAUGUGUGUGGAUAAACCCAAGCCCACAGAGUAUCAGAAAUGCAAUCUGCAAGAGUGCAGGAAAAGUACAGGGGUACCCUGCAGCAAAGACCAACUGUCGGUUCACUUCUGCCAGAGACUGAAAGGCAUCGGCAAGUGCUUGCUGCCGUCAAUACAGAUUCAGUGCUGCUUCACGUGUAGUCAGCCCCGAAUUCGUAACAAAGCAAGAUACUGGGAUCAGCGAGGCCUCAAACAACAAAAUUACACUAAAUCUAGAAGAAAAUCACCUCAAAACCAAGAAAACAACAACCAAGCUGCUCGGCCCUAGCUGUUUUUUAUCUAGUUGCUUUGAGUAGGGCUGCUGUUUACAGGUUUUACGUUCCUUCUUUUUUUUCUGAACCAUCCAACAUAAAUGGAAAUCUGUGAUCAAAACUGGGAAAACACAUCCCUUGGGGUU